CAGUUGUAUAUAUCCAUUUGCUGCUUCUUCUUCUUCUUGCAGCUAGACUACAUUGUUUUGGAAACAUCCAGGAAACCAGGUGCUCAUCUGCUGCAUCAAUGCCUCGGUGCAAGUGCUUUCGCCAUCUUUCUUCACCUGAUUUUUCUCUCAUCCGAAAGCUUGGAGCGGAGUUUGUUGGAACCUUCAUACUGGUAUUCUCAGCAGCAGGAGGACCCAUUGUGAACCAAAAGUACGAUGGAGCAGAGUCACUGAUUGGGAACGCAGCUUGUGCAGGGCUGGCUGUGAUGGCCAUGGUUUUCUCUACCGGCCACAUCUCCGGAGCACACUUCAACCCUUCUGUCACCAUAGCUUUGGCGGCGGUGCGUCAAUUCCCGUGGAUCCAAGUACCGGGCUAUUUGAUAGCGCAGGUUUCUGCGUCCAUUUGUGCUGCCUUCACUCUCAAGGGAGUGUUCCAUCCAUUCAUGUCCGGUGGUGUUACUGUUCCGGCUGUAAGCAUUGGCCAAGCCUUUGCACUCGAGUUCAUUAUAACUUUCACUCUCUUAUUUGUCAUCACCGCUGUAGCAACUGAUAAAUGUGCGGUGGGAGACUUCGCAGGUAUAGCAAUUGGAGGUACUAUUAUGCUCAACGUUCUUCUGGCAGGGACAACCACUGGUGCAUCUAUGAAUCCCGUACGAACUAUUGGGCCAGCCAUCGCAGCAGGAACUUAUAAAGGAUUUUGGCUAUACAUGGUGGCACCUGUACUUGGGGGCUUGGCAGGUGCAGGUACCUACACCUUCGUGAAGCUCACUGGAGAUGGUAGCUAGAUAGCUAGGAGCUUUAAGCUAUCGCUAAUGAAGAUAAACAUUAGAUUUGUUGCAAUUACGAGUGAUUGAAAUUUGUUAUUGUAGAUGCUUAAUAUCAAAGUUCAGAUUCAACAACUUAAAAAAUUAGUGCCAGUGUGGUAUUAGAAGUAAAUGUUAGAGUCAAUUGGGUUGUAGCACUACGUACGGUGCAUUUAUUUGCGUGUAAGGGUGAAACUCUAAGUCGUGUAGAAGUUAUCUCCUAGCUGAGUGCGAGUUAUUUUCAAGUAAAUGUCAUUAAGGAGUUCUACUCCAAGUUUAAAUCUUGUAUUCUUUCUAUUUAAACUAUGUCAUUGAAUAAAUGAAGAAGCGAAAAUUACUCUCAAA